GCACCGGAGGGCCUCAGGUUUGAUUCCUGCCAAGGGCCUAUAGUUGCAUUUUUCACAACUGUUCCUGGUUAUUAGGUCUCAAUAAAUAUAUAAAAUUCACACUCGAAAAUUUCCAUCAACAACCUCGUUCCCAGGGCAUUUUCCCUUCACCUGGAAACGAGGUUGUUCCAUCAAUCAUCGACAGAAUGCACAGUCUAACUAUUUUUCUGUUUUAUUCUAGCUAUCUUCUACCAGAUCCGGAGAAGAAAAGCAAAAGAAAAACGCCGGUUAAGAAGCGAAAUUUAAACCCGCGAUGGGAUUACAAAUUUUCUUACGAUGACAUGACUAUAGAUGACCUCCAGCAUCGUGUUUUAGAAUUGACCGUGUGGGAUCAUGACCUGGGCACUAGUAAUGACUUUAUAGGAGGAGUCCGUAUAGGCCUGGGAACUAGUGAUAAGUCAUGGGAUGAUUGCACGGGAGAAGAAGUGACAUUAUGGCAGUUUUUGUUGUCCAAGCCUAACACAUGGGCUGAAAGUACUUUGCCAUUACGCAGUGAAAUGGGCAGCAGGAAAGGUCUGCGGACAUAAGCAGUCUUGUGUGUUCAGUCUGUGUUUGUUUUGCACCUGGGUGUAUUUCUAGUAUUUAAUUGUAAAUUUUGGUGCAAUAUUCGUCAGUUCAGUACAGAGCACAGAAUAAAGAUCCAUACAGAAGGGCCACUUACGUCGGAAGUUUUGAAGUUUUUGUCCUCGCGCAUGUCGCAUUACGCAUGUUGGCCGCCAUUUUCCUAGCCAGUCAAUGACAUUUUCUGGGCAAUAAACACGCUGUACUGGCUGGCUGCUACGCCUUCUGGCCAGUAAACUGCAUAUUUUUGCAUAAAAAAACGAAGACACGUUACACCGCUGAGUGGCCCUUCUGUUAUUGAUCUUUAUUCUGUUGUACAGAGCACAUAUAACAUAACGCCGUAUUAGUAUUUUCACAGCAGUUGAAAGCGCAACUUUUCCUUCACUAGCUUUCAUGCUUAAAAGUCCAUAUUUAUCUAAUAGAAACAAUAUUUUGGCCACUAAAUCUUAGCGCAAAUAAUUUACCAUUCGUCAACACGAAAAUGUGAAUCAAUACAGAUAUUAAAAUUAUUUAUUCAACUUUCCAAGAAUCACAUAUGUCACUCAAUUCGCCAUAGACCACAAUUAAUUGCGAGUUCAAGAUGGCGUUGUUAUAGUUGAAAAGGUCGAUUAACGCGUAUUCCCGCCAGUGAUUCCCGCCUUAACUUUCAGAAUGAUCUUCAAUUUGCGUCUUUGAUCAGCCAAUCAAAAGCCCAUAAAGACUCGCGAGAUCCAAUCAGAAUGCUGGAUUUUUAUGUGCGGACAAGUUGAUUUUGGAAGUUCGAACAUGGCUGUCAAAAGUGCAGGAAUUUUGUAUUUUCUUCUUUUAAAAUGGAAAAUAAGAGGUCCUUUUGGUUGAAUAAAGCUUU